GCCCCCUUCAAUUCCCAUGGAUCGACCUACAGAACCUCCGCUUCAAGACAUCUGUUCCUUUCUAACAGAGCGCGCCCCCGUUUCCAGAGCUGUGACGGAACGACUGACUCUCGUGGUCCCCCGACUGGUGAUUUCCACGUUGACUCAAACUCACCCUGCUCUUCUUUUCGCAGUUUGUAGACCAGAGGGAAUUGGAACGAGGAUUUUUCCUCCUCCCCAUCACUCUUGUCCGAGCAGAGUCACCACCGAGCGUCAAAAGCCCGGUGCCAUUGAGUAGCCGAUUUCUUUUUGUCUGCCCUCUAGCAGGGGGUUUCGCAUCCUCCGCGUCUGGCUUGGAUGGGAAAGGACAACGAAGGGCGAAUGAAAAUAACGUGGUUUCUGAUGUUUGUAUAUUUUGCGCUUCUGAACAUUUAAUUCCUCGAAUUCAGUCAUCGUUGAGAGACUACUGUGAUUAUGGAGUCGGUAGAAAAGGAGUGCGGAGCGUUGGGUGGAUUAUUCCAAGCUAUCGUCAACGACAUGAAGAGUUCCUAUCCAGUGUGGGAAGACUUCAGUGCCAAGGCCACUAAACUGCACUCCCAACUCAGGACCACAGUUCUGGCAGCAGUGGCAUUUCUAGAUGCCUUUCAGAAGGUGGCAGACAUGGCAACCAACUCAAGAGGUGCCACCAGGGACAUAGGUUCAGCUCUGACCAGGAUGUGCAUGAGACACCGCAGCAUCGAGACUAAACUACGCCACUUCACCAAUGCUCUUAUGGAAGGCCUAGUCACUCCCCUCCAGGACAGGAUAGAGGAAUGGAAAAAGACAGCUAACCUGCUGGACAAAGACCACGCCAAAGAAUACAAGCGGUCUCGCCAGGAGAUCAAGAGGAAGUCCUCAGACACCAUGAAGCUCCAGAAGAAGGCCAGGAAAGAGCUUCUAGGCCGGGGGAACCUGCGUCCCCAGCUGGACAGUGCCAUGCAGGACGUCAGUGACCUCUACCUGCUGAUGGGGGAGACCGAGAAGCAGGCGGUGCGCCGGGCCCUCCUAGAGGAGAGGGGGCGCUACUGCUUCUUCAUCAACCUGUUGAAGCCUGUGGUGAAUGGAGAGAUAGCCAUGCUGGGAGAGAUCACUCACCUGCAGGCCAUUGUUGAUGACCUCACUGUGCUCACUGAAGACCCUCACAAACUGCCCCCGGCUAGUGAGCAGGUGAUCGGGGACCUGAAGGGUUCAGACUACAGUUGGUCCUACCAGACCCCUCCCUCCUCCCCCAGCAGUGCUGCCUCUAGGAAGAGCAGUAUGUGCAGUAUCCUCCAGAUGCCAACUGUUGGUGCCCAUCGUCUCAGUAGCGUCUCCUCCCAUGAUUCAGGGUUCAUCUCUCAGGAUGCCAACACCCACUCCAAGCCCCCCUCACCCAUGCCCUCUGACAUCACCAGCCAGAAGUCCACCAGCUCAGCCUCCUCUGAGGCAUCAGAAACCUGCCAAUCUGUCAGUGAAUGCAACUCUCCCACUGCGUUUGGCUCUGGCUCAUCCUUUGGUACCUUCCGCCCCGCUCUCUCACACACUGGCUCCAUCAGGCCUCUCUCUGUCAUACUUCCUGGGUCCCCCACAUUUAACCGCUAUCCUGGAUCAAAAAACCCCUCACCCAUCUCAAAGGGUCCUAGCUGGAAGGAUUGGUCUAAAACAAGUACCUACGAGCCCUCAUUGGCUACCACUCUGCAGCAAAGGAGAGAGUCAUUGGACAGGAUGAGGGAGCAGGAGGUUCCUUCCAGUCCUAAAGGGUUCUCUGGGAUGCACCCAGACACUCAUAGGUCCAUGCUGGCCCAAGCUACCAUAGCAGCCAAGCACGGCGGUGAGGCCAUGUCCCCAGCAGCCAGUACACUAGCCAUGGUGCUGACCCGAGGUCUCAGUAUAGAGCAGCAGAAGAAUAGCAGGGAAUCUCUGCAGUACUCCAGUGGCUACAGCACCCAGACCAACACACCAUCCUGCUCAGAGGACACCAUCCCCUCACAGGGGUCUGACUAUGAGUGCUACUCUCUGAACGGGGACGCUGACACCGGCAGAGAGGCUGACUUCGACAAGUCCUCCACCAUCCCCCGCCACAGCAACAUUGCCCAGAACUACCGCCGCAUGAUCCAGACCAAGAGGCCGGCUAGCACCGCCGGGUUGCUCGCCGGAGUGAGCCCUCCUGGGGGUACGCAUGGAGGGAUUUAUGGGGGUGAUGGAGGGCGUGACGGGGGGCGUGAUGGAGGGCGUGACGGGAGGCACGGAGCCAUCACCUCUGGAACAGCCACCAUCCGCCGGACUCCCUCCUCCAAAACAGGGGUGAGACGCACCCCGUCCACCUCAGGCCCCAUCCCCAUCCGCCCCCCCAUCGUUCCAGUCAAGACCCCCACGGUGCCAGACUCUCCUGUCUACUCCCCCAGUUACUCCCCCAGCUACUCUCCCAGCCUUACCCAGCGCAUGGGCAGCGAAGAGUACCUGUAUGGGGACGAGACUCCACCCAGUGCCCUGGAGUACAUGAAGGCCUCCCCCAAGCGGCUGAGCCUACCUGACACCACUGCCUGGAGCUCCGGAGGGGGGCUAGACCGAAGCGUCUAUGCCCAGCAGCCCCCUGGCAUGACUGGCCUCGGCCUAGAGGAGGAUCCCCAGCUGGCAGCCAACCGCCACAGCCUGGUGGAGAAGAUAGGUGAGCUUGCGGCUAGCGCCCACGCCCUGGGCGAGGGUCAGUUCCCCUUCCCCUCUCUGGACCCUCUGCCAGUGGACCCAAUCGGAACCAACUCUUUACCCCAACACCCACAACACCCACCCCCCGAGCCCCAGGAGGGCAUGGACAUGCUGGUGUCCAUACGGAGGGGUGUGAGGCUCCGCAAGGCGGUCUCCAACGACAGAUCAGCCCCCAGGAUACUGCAGGAUACUGCAGCAGCAUCCAGGAUACUGCGGUAGUAUCUACUGGGACUGACCCCAGAACUGUGGUGCCACUGCAAGCUCUAGAAGAGAAAUGAAUGAACACUCAUCCUGUACAGGAAAAGACUGUAUGAAAUGAAAGGGAAAAUGAGUGUCAAUGUGUAAAGAUUCAAUGAAUGGCCAUGGGUGGCCAAUGGACAAAUGUCAUGUAAUGAAUUGCGUACAAAUAUAUUUUUAUGUCAUAUUCCUGUUUUCCAUGUUGCUUAGUGGCUUGGCUGUUGUUGUCUAUUCCCUCUGUCUCCUGAUGCAUCAGCCCAGACACCUUUCCUUUAGACUCAGUGAUCAGGGCCUGUAUUCACAAAGUGUCUCAGAGUAGGUGUGCUGAUUAAUUUAUAAUGAAUACAAUUAUAUGGACAAUGGUGCUGAGCGAUUAGUCCUUUUUGAGGUCUGUUCGGUUUCAGUUUUAUAAUAUAUAUUUUUAAUAACAUUAAAUACACUAUGCAUUAUGUGGGUUGAAUGCUGUAACAACACA